AUGCCGCCGAAAGCGAAAGUGAGAACCACCAAUCGAAAGCAGGCAGAGCCAACAAUUAAAGCCUUCUCUGCGAAUCCUUCAAUAUUGAAGAUAUUCGAGGACGUCGUCGCUGCGCACUCGAGCUUAGUCGGAAGUCACAUCGAGGAGUUUUGCCGAAAUGUCGACACAGUAAUAACAAAUAAAGUUGCACCAGAAGUAUCAGAAAAGUUAAGAAACGCUAUCUGCGGUGAUUUGGAACAUCUCAUUGCUCCUGUCCAAAAUAAAAAGACUGCCGCUUCACGAGCAGCUCGAAAUGUGGCAAGUGCUACGUCUAGAAGUAAGGAAGACGUCCGUCGACAAAUGAGUCAAAGUCCAGAAGAAGAUGUCGUACAAAGUGAAACAGCGGAGCCAGAGGAUCAUGCUCAUACUGAUAUGGAUGUGGACGACGCCUCGGAGGCUCUCAGACCGGAACCAGUGACACCAAGAAUUAACUCGGCAAUGAGCGACAGAAAUUUCGAGGAGGUUGUCGUUCCAAGCACAUUGAUUCGUAUGCAGCAACUCAGCAUUUCAAGGAAAACCGACGAGCAACAACCUUCAAGUCUCGCUCGAAACGCUGCAUACAGUGGUACUCCGCGAAGAAAUCCACCACGAGAAGCACACAGCACGCAUGCGACUCCUCGUAACAUCUUCUCAGCCACUCCGACAAGAGCAAAUGGAACUCCAGCACGAGCAGCUGUCGUGGCACCAAGAACUCCUCAUAGAGCAGUAUUCCAAGAAACGGAGAAAGAUCAAGAGAAGAAACAGAAGCACGCUGAAGACUUGCGACAACUAGUUUUAGAUCAAAAGCGAGAGAAAGCUAGGAAAGAGGAAGUGAAGCGGAUGGCUGUGAUGGAACGAAAGAAUGAGAUGGAGAGAGCGCGACGGGAGAAGAUUGAAGAGAUGAGGAAGAAAGAAGAGCGUACCGCGAACUUCCAGAAAAAUAUGAGGGAAGGAAAAUCCCCAACGAGAGCUCGUCCGAAUCCUGAAGCGAAGACUCCGCAGGCCAAGAAACCUGUAAGCCGCAAAGUGUUUGCAGCAGCUGCGGACGGUGCAUCAACGCCAGGACGAGGACCAGCCAAGAAGGGACGAGUUGAACUGACGACCGGAAAAGGAGGGCAGAACGUGGUUACUGUCGCUCAACCUACUGUACAAAUUUCGCCUUCGCGAAAUCUUCCAAGAAAUGCUCUUCGGCAAGUGAAAGAUGAGCCAGUAGACAUGGAGUUAGACGAAACGCCACCACCGCCACGUCCACAAAAACCGAAAGCAAAGGCAAAGCGAUCUCAUCCAACCACAACAGCUUCCACUUCUUCAAAGCCGUCUGCAGAAGAAGAUGCUGAUGCGAAGCUUCGAGCUGAACAAGAGCGAUACCUGAUGCAGCAAGCAGCUGAAGCCAAGGAAGCUAAGGCUUUGGCUGAAGCUCAAGCCGCAGCGCAGGCUGAAGAACAAAAGAAACUGAAGGAGAAGAAGGCUGCAGAGGAGAAGGCAGAAGCUGCACGACGAAAACACGCUGAAGAAGAGAAAGAACGUUUACUCGCAAUUCAAAAAGAAGAAGAAACGCGACUACGUGAACAGCAAGCCAGAGAAGAAGCUGAACUUCAAGCAACACUUGCCAAGCAAGCAGCAAAAAAAGCGAAGCAAGAGGCUUCUGGACAGACGCCUCCACCGACAGUCUACCAGAUGACUCCGCCGCGUACUUAUCAAGCCAAUUCGAAGAACGACUAUGGAUUGCAUGAUUUGAACAGUGACGACGAAACCGAUCAAGAAGACGAUCCGAGAAAGGAAGUCCCAGCAUGGGCGGAUUUUGCUGUGGUUCGAGAAAACGUGCGGCGACACGUUAUUAGGCCACCGUUCGAUAUUUCUGCAUUCUUUGGAGAGAUCGAAAAACCAAAUCUGAAAGAGAUCUUCGGUGACGCGGUCAAAACGAAGAAGCGUGGCUCAUCGGCUGUCUGGAGGUCACCGGCCGGUGGAAACGCACUCCGAACUGCGCUUUCAGACAUUUCUGAGUAA